GUUUGUGAAAGUUGUACAUUGAUGCCUGGACAAGUGGAUUGGUAACACCCAGAUUUACAGAUCUGUUGAUAGUAGUGUUUCACGAUGACACGACACGCUAAGAACUGCACAGCAGGUGCAGUGUAUACAUAUCAUGAAAAGAAGAAGGACACUUCAGCUUCAGGAUAUGGCAGCAAAAACAUGCGGGUUGGCAGGGAUUCCAUCAAGGAAUUUGACUGCUGCUGUUUGUCACUUCAGCCCUGUAACAACCCUGUGGUCACGCCUGAUGGAUACCUAUUUGACAAAGAAGCUAUUCUGGAGUACAUUCUGCAUCAGAAACGAACCAUUGCCAGGAAGCUGAAAGAGUACGAGAAACAGACAAAGAAAGAAGAGGCUGAAUUACAGGAGCUGGCAAAAGCUGAGCAAGAGUCGCAGAAAAACAACUUCAUCCAGACAGAGGCAACCUUACCAGGGAAAUACAUCAGUCAGGAGAAAUCAGCUACAGCUGAUGAUAAGGAUGACUCCAGUAUAAGCAAUGUGAAGGAUGACCGAGCGAAGAAGCUGCCCAGUUUCUGGAUUCCAACACUAACUCCAAGUUCCACACCAACACUGCUCAAGAAGCCUGAUGAGAAAGUGCGCUGUCCAAUGAGUGGCAAACCUCUACGACUGAAGGACCUCAUAGACGUGGAGUUCACCCCUAUCAAGGAUGGAGAUCCAAAAACAGCCCUCAUAUCCAAACAGGCGCGGUUUGUUUGUGCUGUGACAAAUGAUGUGUUGGGAAACUCUGUUCCUGCAGCAGUCCUCAGACCUACUGGAAAAGUCGUCACCAUGGAAUGUGUAGAAAAAAUCAUUAGGAAGGACAUGAUUGAUCCUCUGACUGGGAAGAAGCUAACAGAGAAAGACAUUGUUCAAUUGCAGAAGGGAUCUACGGGGUUUUCAGGAUCAGGACAUGAGCUGGAGGCAAAGAUUGCUGGACCAUCCAUGCAGUCAUAACAACCUGAUGGAAACAGCUGAUGAACUUUCCUGUAUCCAUAUUAUGUGGUUGCUGGAAAUCAGAUGGCAAUAUCCUAGAAAUCGUCAAGAACCAUUUGAGAGUAACCUAGAAACUGUGAAGAACAAUUUGUGUUUUCCUCUGAACCCUGACAUUAACCUAGAAACUAGGGCAAACCAGUUGUGUUUUCCUCUGAACCCUGACAUUAACCUAGAAACUAGGGCAAACCAGUUGUGUUUUCCUCUGAACUUGGACAGUAACCUGGAAACUGGCGCAAACCAGUUGUGUUUUCCUCUGAACUUGGACAGUAACCUGGAAACUGGCGCAAACCAGUUGUGUUUUCCUCUGAACUCAGACAGUAACCUGGAAGCUGGGGCCAACCAGUUGUGUUUUCCUCUGAACUCAGACAGUACCCUGGAAUCUGGGGCAAACCAGUAUAUAAUUUACGAUUGGAUGUAAAUAAGAUAUAUCUGUACAUGUAAUAUAUAUUUGAUGUUCCUGUAGAUCUAAGAAGUGACCUGGAAAGAGUGUGGUAUGGUGUUUGUCAACUGUUGUCAGAGAAAUCUGAUAUAUCAACUGCUGCUCAACAAAAAGGACGCCUCUUUUCUCUUGCACGAUCUUCAGGCUACAUGGUCCAUAUGUUUCAGUUCAAUGCCAGUGUUUGGCUUUAUGAACAUUUAAUAUUAACACUGAAGAAAAGCACUACCAAAGUGCCUGCACUGAAGGUGUGAAAAAAGGUUUCCAUAUCAAAGUUCAAAUUGGUAGUCCAUGAAUGCAUUCCAGGUCAUAUAACAAUUAAACAAGGUAUCUAGGUCGCGCUUUGAUUGCAACUGUUCAUAAAGGCAUCAUGCAGAUGUAAUGAACAUGGCUGCCUUUACAGCCCCUAGCUCCAGACUAAGCCCUAUUAGAUACAGUUCGAAAAUGACCAGCGUUACAGACCUUUAUCAAACAGAUUGUGAUUCAAAAGUAAUGGAUCAUUACAUCUUUCCCAUUAAUGUGUAAUGAUCUCAUACUACAAGAGGUGCCAUCUAUGAUGUUACACAUGACAUGCUGGUCUGUAUAAAAGCUGUCUACAAGAUACACGGUUACAUUCGGCAAGCAGCGCCAUCUGGGUUGUUAAAUACCAUUUACACGAUAGAUAUGUACAUGAGGUCUAUGUGGGUGAUCACAAUGUAGAUCGCCAGAGAUUCUGAACUGUCUGUCCAUACCUGCCAACGAGAGUGUUAUACUCAUUGUAAAAUUUGAGAAACUUAGAAUGAAGGCGUUUGAUUUAGUAUCCCUGACAAACUAGUUUUUGAACUAACAACUUUUGACACAGAUUUAAGUUAUCACAAUUUACGCAAGAUCUGACAAAUGCUACAAGGCGAGAUAUGUAUGCGCCAUAUGCCGGACCCUUUGGUAUAUUGCUGUCCAAAUAAGGAUAAUUUACAAUAUCAAGAUUGAAAUUAUCCCUUUGUCGUAAAGGCGGCAUGACAGGAGACCUUGUUCGUCUUUGUACAGGUACAGAUAUAGAUCCCAGUAAGAUGUACCAUCAGGACUAUCUGUUGUCUCCUUUAAAUCCAUUGAAGGCGGAUAGAUUUCCUUCACCGCUUCAGCAAUAUGAGGGUUAUUUAAGGCCAGUAGAUCAUCAAUAUACCACUUGGUAAAUGAAAAGGAUCCAGCUAUGAAACAGGUAUAGGUCUGCCAAAGAUGCGCACAAUUGGUAGCAGUUGGAAUACCUAUGCAAUGUUGGUAAAUGGUAUCCCCGAAUUUCACAUAGAUGUUAUUAAUGAGAAAUUCAAGUAAUUCAAUAAAUAAUGUAACAUCCCAUGAGUGGUAACCUUUAUAAAGAGUAGAACUAAAGAAAGCCUUAUUGCUCCUGAUGUUAAUGUAACGGUGACCUGUUUUAGUAAAUACCGAGACAAUUAACCACGAUAUUCUUUCAAUAAGACUCAGGCUGCCCUUUUAUAACCAGACUGAGGCUGCCCUUUUAUAACCAGACUGAGGCUGCCCUUUUAUAUUCAGACUGAGGCAGGCCUAUUAUAACCAGACUGAGGCAGGCCUUUUAUAAAAAGACUGAGGCUGUCCUUUUCUAACCAGGCUGAUGCUACCCUUUCAUUACCAGACUGAGACUGCCCUUUUCUAACCAGACUGAUGCUGCCCUUUUUAAACCAGACUGAUGCUGCCCUUUCAUUACCAGACUAAUGCUGCC